CACCUUCAUUCCUGGUCGACAAGCCUACAGAAAGAUGUUUGGACAAACGUUUAUCCUUAUUGCCGCAUUGGCACUUACAUCUGCCCAAUCUGGUCUGUUUGAUCGAACAAACAUGGGGGAAAGGUCGUAUUCUGAUUCCAGGGGCAUGACCAGCCUCCGUAGCUUAGGAAGCGACUUAGGCCUCUCUGACAGAUUAGAUAUGGGACGUAUGGACAGACAAGGAAUGACUUCUGGAAUGUUUGAUACUCUUCGAGGCGGCGAGCAAGGAAUGUCAACUUUGAGUUCUGGACUCGACCUGAACCGAUUGAGUGAUACGUCCGACGGCCUUCUCAGGGGUAGCAGAUAUUUGGACCCCCUGCGAUCAACUGGCUUGGACUCUCUGCGAACAACUGAUUUAACCUCUGGUAAUGGCGAAUUUAUGCAGGACUUUAACAGAGGAGUCCGAAUGAAUUUGGACAAUGACCUCUACAACGAUCUGACAGGUUUCCCACGUCGCACUUUGAGAAGAAACAGCAUGUCCAGCAACUUCAUGGACAACUCAGAUUCUUCAAAUUCCUUCCCUGGCAGGGGAAGAUUCAUGGAAAACUUUGAUUCAUUCCCUGGCAGGGGCAGGUCUAUGUCUUUGGGAAGAUCAAUGUCCAGAAUGGGCGACAACAUGAACAUGAUGAGGUCACGUGGUAUGGAGCAAGGACGACGAAUGGGCCGAAGGAUGGGCAGACGUUUUGGAAGAAGAAUGCAGAGCUAUUUACCUCGCUCCGAAACAACCAGCACCGGAUCUAGCAGAACUAUGCGGGGCAACAAUAGAAGGGAUGAAUCAUUCAGAUCCGGAAGAACAACUAGUUUGUUUUAAUUGGAACAUGUAAUUAAUAAAUUAUAAGCAUUUC